AUGCGGCCUACUGUUGGAGUGAUGCAAGAUGAAGAUGGGAAUGAGCUUUAUGAUGAUGAUUCCGCUCCUGCUGUUGCACCACGAACAUCCCCCACUCCAGUUGGUGGAUUGAUGGCUGUCGACCUUGUGGGAACACCGCCUGAUGCUCUUGGUGGUGGAUCUCCCAUUGACUCCGCCGCUCGCCAUGAGACUGCUGCAGUUCUUGCAUCCUUGGCAAAUGGAUCUACAUCACCAGUUAUUGCUGAUGCAGAGGUAUCGCCCACCGAAUCCGACACAGCCAAUGCUGGAGGAACAAAACGCCCCACUCCAGUAAAUACAUCGCGACACACAAAGGCAAAGCAGGGAGCUCCUCGCAUCUCUGUUGGUGGUAGCUCAAAUCAGGGAUACAACGUGGUGUUUGAUUGCUUGCCAAAUGACCAAAAGGAAGUGUUCGUUAGGAGAAAGAAUCUGACAGCAGUCGCCAAAGGAUCAGAAGAGGUAACAUUCGAUCGUGCAAGUGAUGACCCAGAGCAGCUUGCAGAAAUACGUGUAAAGAAAAGCAAAAAGCUCUCACCCUUCCAAGUUUGUAAUGACAAGUUUGUUGCACUCGAUAAUACUGAAAAGUCUGUAGCCAAGACGUUUGACAUGCACUGGUCAGCCAAUGAAGAAGUUGCUGGUGUUCCUUGGAAAAUUCUUGCUGAUGGAGAACACAUCCCAGAAGACAAAGAUCCCAUGUACUAUCCAUCUGGCGUCGCGUUCAAGAAGAUAGUGGAUCUUGGGGCAACAGAUGCCGGUUGUGACUUUGCAAAAGUGUUCUUCGAUUACUUUAUGACAGAUCUUACUGGAAUGGCAGCAAAGAUCGACAAGUUCCAUUCCUCCAUUCGGAGUCCCAUGCACUCGACGGUCAAGUCAGAUCGAAUUGUCUUUCAUGAUGACACUGGCUACUUUGGAAACAUGGAUGCCGAUUGGAUGGUCAAGCAAUGCUUCCUUCUUCUAAUUGCCUCAUGUCUCGAGACAGAGAAUGGAUCUGAUCUGUGGAAGCGAGGCCCUUCUUCAGGACGCAAGGAAUACCCUGACUUCGGUCAGUACAUGCCCCUGAAUUACUGGAAAGCAUUCUGUUGUGCAAUUGGUGUGUGCUUUGGACCUGAAGAGUACUGGUAUCUGGACAAGCGAGAUGUCCCUUGGGAUGUCAUUGUGCCGGCAGUCACCGGUUUCAACAAGAAGAGAACUGAUAUGUUCUAUGUCGUGCUUCUCAUGUUGGAUGAGAGUAUGAUUGGGUGGCGACCUAAGUCCACCAAGACAGGAGGCUUGCCCAACCUGACUUAUGAACCAAGGAAACCUGUUCCUCUUGGAACGAUGCUAGGAAUGGGGUUGAGUGCAUCACUGGCUGUCUUGUGA